AUGAAUCCCGUGACUCGUGAAGAGAACACGUCACCUAGUGUUACUGAAAAUGACCAGGAUACCAGACCUGAAGUUUCAAAGGGACCUGGCACGGAGCAGACCUGUUCCUAUACACCUGUUGAUCACCCUGCCUCUAACGGGGGAGAGUGUAGCAGCACCAUUAAAGUUAAACAAGAAGACCAUGGAUGUGAAGCAUCUGCUAAAACUCAGAACCCAAACCUGCGCGCCAGUGAAAAAUGUUAUUUCACCUUUACUUUGAAUGUAGGCUCCGGGAAAUCAGACCGUAGUGUGUUUACAGCAUCUGGUGAACUCCAUGAGAACAUCUACUCAGUUCUGACAGCUAAUGACAAUUUCCAAGAACGGAUGGAGAAGCAUCUUCAUAAGUACAUUAAGGUUUAUGAAGAGAAAACAAUAGGAGCGUAUAUAAAUUUAGGAAUGCCUCUCAAGUGCCUACCUACAGAUGCUCACCUUCAAAUAUCUGUUGGUGGAAGAACUAGAAACAAGGAAAGAUGUGAUCAGAUAUUACGCCACUGUGAAAAUCUCAGCAUUGAAUGCAUUCUUUUCCAAGUUGUGGCCAUUGGGAAGAGUAUAAAGACGAUAGUUAAGAUCAGCGAACUUCAUGAAAAGGGAAGUACGCUUUGUAUCUAUGCCUUGAAGGGUGAGACCAUACAAGAAGCCCUGUGCAAGGAUGGCCGAUUUAGGUCAGACCUGGAUGAAUUUGAGUGGAAACUCAUGGAAGGGCCUAAGCACGUUCAUGGAAAGCAGUCCACGGUGGAGGAAGUAUCUGGAAAAACCUUAGAAAUGGACAUUUAUAAAAAAUUGCCUGUCAAGAAAAGGACCCAUAAGACAAUUGAAGAGAAGAAUAGAAAUGUCACUAGUAAAAUCCAUCCCCAGGAUCUGAUGCAGUCUCAGAUCCAGGACCACGAACCAGAGACAGAUGGAGAGAAGGAAGAUGAGGAACACAACAGACAAAAUGUUCCCCCACCUCCAAGUGUAGGGCAUGACAUUGCAGCUAAAAGACGCCGGACAAUUUCCAGAAUUAAACGUUAUUACAGGAACAGUCUUAACAGAAAACUCAGGAAACAAAUGUCACUUUCUCGGCCAAGGCCACGUCUGGGUAUGGAAUAUGCUCUAAAUUUGGUUACCCAGAGGGAGGCAACUAAUUUCUGGAUAAAGAAUUACAAAAUGUUGACUCCAGUUAAAAUGCAGCUUUACCCACAUUUCUAUGAGGACGUACGUCGGAUAAGAAAGUAUUUUUGGGAAGAACGGAGGAGAAACAAACUCUCACCAUCUCAACAAUUCAGUAUAUAUAAAAAGUGCUUUGCAAAGGUGACUGAGAAUUCUACUUCAAUUGCAACCUAUGAACAUCGUAUUCAUCUUAGUAAGUCAGUCGGGUUCAUAAAGUGGAACAAUAAUGGAAACACAGGCAACGCUACUUGCUUUGUCUUCCAUGAUGGUUAUAUCUUCACCUGCAGACAUGUUGUAGGCAUGAUGGUGGGAGAAGGCACAGAUCCAAGCUUGUGGCCAGAUAUAAUAAGCAAAUGUGCACGGGUAACUUUCACUUUUAAAGAAUUGGCCCUUCCUCCUUCUGAGGAAUGGUUUUCCAUCGAGCCUUGGAUUGAAGUGUUUGAUGAUGCUCUGGAUUAUGCCAUUUUAAAACUGAGAGACCAUGGAAAAGGGUUUCCUCCAGGCCUACGUGGACAAACUUCUUGUUUGCCAUCUAGUGGUUUGCUUUAUUUAAUUGGUCACCCAGAAGGGCAGGUCAAGAAAAUCGAUGAGUGUGCUGUGAUUAAUCUAGUGGAUCGUAUAAGAAGGUUCUCAGAUACUUGCUUAAAUAUGCAUUUGUUUACCCCAAGAAGUUUCCCACCGGAGGCUUGGCGCUCUAGCACACUUAGUUAUGAUACUUGCUUUACAAGUGGGUCCUCUGGCUCCCCAGUGUUUGAUGCAUCCAGCAAAGUGGUAGCUCUGCACUCUGUUGGGUACUUCUAUAAAUGUGGAGCUGUGGUGCAUGGCCUUAUUGAAUUUGGCUAUUCUAUAGAAUCAAUUCUUCGUGAUGUUAAACAGAAAAAUGAGGCUUUGUAUAAUGUAUUCGUCAAAGAGAAAAAUGAACAAGAGUCAUCACUCUCAACUGAUCAGAUGGAUCCCAUGGAACAUUAG